AGUAACAAGAAAAUGGGUUCACAGGUAUCUGAGAAAGUGAAGCUUCUUGUAGCUGUGCUUGCACUCCAAGUCUGCUAUGCAGGAUUUCACAUAGUUUCUAGGACUGCACUCAACAUGGGUAUCAGCAAAAUUGUCUUCCCGGUUUACAGGAACAUCAUUGCUUUGGCUUUGCUGGCUCCCUUUGCAUAUUUUCUAGAGAAAAAAGAUAGACCACCUCUUACCUUAUCCUUCCUCUUUCAACUCUUUCUUCUAGCAUUAUGUGGGAUAACUGCUAACCAAGGGUUUUACCUCUUGGGCUUGUACUACCUAUCUCCAACCUAUGCUUCAGCAAUUCAAAACUCUGUCCCGGCCAUAACAUUUGCCAUGGCAGCAGCUCUCGGGCUUGAACAGAUCAAUAUCAAGUGCAGGUAUGGUGUGGCAAAGGUGGUAGGAACAGUAGCCAGCAUCGGAGGUGCCACGGUUAUUACCCUCUACAAGGGUCCUCCCUUGCUGGAUGGCAAGCUUCUCCUCGUUUCCUCUGCCAACACAAUCCUGAACUGGACCCUUGGUUGUGUCUACAUCCUUGGCAAUUGCAUUGCAUGGUCUGGGUGGAUGGUGCUUCAGGUUCCAGUGCUCAAGAAGUACCCUGCAAGGCUCUCAGUCACCACAAUCACCUGCUUCUUCGGUCUAAUCCAGUUCCUCAUCAUAGCAGCCUUUGCAGAGAAGGACAUUGAGAGGUGGAAAGUCCACUCAGGAGGAGAGCUGCUCACAAUCCUCUAUGCUGGUCUUGUGGCAUCAGGAAUUUCUUUCUCCCUCCAGAUUUGGUGCAUCGAUAGAGGAGGUCCUCUAUUUGUUGCAGUCUUCCAACCAGUGCAGACUGUGGUGGUGGCCAUCAUGGCAACUGCGAUACUUGGUGAUGAGUUGUACUUAGGAGGGAUAAUUGGAUCCAUCCUUAUUGUUCUUGGACUCUACUUUGUUCUCUGGGGGAAGAGUGAAGAGAAAGCAGCACAAGUUGUAGAGGAUAAGGAUCUAAGAAGGCAUCUCCUUGACCAAGAGACUUCAUAUAAAGAAAUUGGUGCAGUCUCUGGUAUUCCAUGA